UUUACACACACAGCACUUAUAGAUGCCCACUCCAGGCAACACGUGAAGAUCUCAUCUGCACUUUACAAGCAAAUUUCAGAUUCAAGCAUAUUGAUAAAUACAUUGUGACACUGCAUUAUAUUGAAAAGGAAAACAAUAUCUCUUCUGUGUUGGUUCCUGAUUUUGCUCCAGCAAUGAACAUUAAACCACCAGCCCCCUUUAAUCUGACGCUAUUGGAAAAUGGAACAUAUAAGUUUUUUUGGAAAAGUGGAUAUGAAGCUUAUCGUUACUGGCGUGUCCUACCCCUCAGAUAUCAGUUCCUGUACUACAAAGACGGAGAACACCACAACGUCAGUGCAAAACAUCAUGUAUAUAAGGAGGAGAUUGAGAUCGAAAAUAAAAAGCUUGAUCCAGGGACUUCAUACUCAGCUGUUGUGAGGACUGGGAUAGAGACACAUCCUAAAUACAGUGGAACAUGGAGUGACUGGAGCAGCCCAGUGAAAUGGAGCACAGCAUACAGAGAUGAGCCUCAUCAAGUUGGCAAGAUAAUCAUUGGAAUGUUUUUAUUGCUUGGACUUUUAAUUGUGCUUAUACUAAUUCCUGCUGCAAGACUUAAGAUAAAAGAAAUCGCAUUGGUGCCAACACCAGAAUCCUACUUCCAGCCCCUUUAUCAAAAGUACCAAGGCAAUUUUCAGUGCUGGGUUUUGGCCAAAAGUCCUCUACAAGGCAUUCAUGUUUUAGAAGACUUCUCAACUAUAGACAAGAUUUCUGAGGUCAUCUGCACAUUUCAGGAUGAAACAGAGAAAACGGUUGUUUAUCCUCCAGCGCAGUGCCAUCCAACCUACGUCGGCCCCUCAACGGAGCUUUGGGCCCCGUGUCAAAUGACCAAAACGUGCAGCGAGACGAGUGUCCUGUGUGAGGAUUUCUCGGUUUUCUGUGAGGAUCUGCCUGUUAAAGUGGACGAGCUCAUGCUGUAGGUGAGUGUGGCGUGUGAUGAUGUGGAGUCUCUGAAGGACUCUGCGGUCAGUCUGGAGAGUCUGGAGGACUGUGAGUUUACCCAAGUACCUGUUAUCAUUAACCCAGUGACUGUGUGCUUCAAACAAGACUACUGCACCCUCACUGAAACUCCCAGCGGCCCUGUGCCCACAUUCAGCAGAGAGGGAGAGCUGGAUGAAAAUACCUCUGGUGAUUAAAUGAUUAGGGGCGUCUGUAUAUGGAUGUGUGGACAUUCGGAACUGACAUGUAAUGCUUUUUGUUGUUUUUUUUCACUUGGAAGUAUGGCUGUAUAUACACUGAACAAAAAUUGGAUCAGCUUAAAGGUGCAGUAUGUAAGUUUGAUAGAUAUUUUUCAUAUUCAAAUGAUUUUUUUUGUCCUUACCAGCACCUGAAAUGUAUAGUUUAGAAAUGGCUUCUAUUUCUUGCUGCCAAACAACAGAAAACU